GACCCCACGGAGAAAACAGAGCAUGUAUCAUGUGACAGAAGUACUUUGUACAAGACACAGUGAAGACACACGAACAUGCCUACCAAGCGAGUUUGCUAAGUUGUGUGUCGCUGACUAGUUGGUCUCAUGUCCGUGACGCCGACCCGGACCGAGCAGCAGUCACUUUCCAACGGAGUACAGCGGAGAAAGUAGUUGAAAAGUCCUUAUCCAGCAAAUAGACGGAUCCUGUUUCAUCUGGAAGGAGUUGGGCCAGUGCAGCCAUGCUGAUGUAUGACUACCCUCUGAAGACAGAUAUGGACACGUCCUUCUACUCGUCGCUCGUGAAAAACCCCGAGUCAUACGGAGUCAUCUUCUCCCACCCGGCCCACCUCUACCACCACAGCCACAUGCAGGCCCUCGCCCAGUCCCAUGCCACCAGCAACCCCUCACACACCCAGCUGGAGCCCGUGGACCUCUCUGUGAGCAAACGCUCCUCCUCCUCCACCGCCUCCUCCUCACCUCCAUGCUCCUCUGCCUCCUCUCCGGCCUCCUCACGCAGCACCCCGCCGUCCCCCUACAGCACAGCGAGCCGUGCCUCUCCGCGCUGCUCUCCCCAGCUGAACCGGCGACACCUCUCCCCGUCUCACACCCUCCCGUCGCCAGCUGCCUCUUUACCAUACCAAGCCAUGGUGGCUCCUCUGAUGGGCUCGGGCUCGGGUGUCAUCCAGAGCUCGGGAGGGGUCAUGAUGUCUCCGGUCAUGGUGCCUCUGUCUGUCCUCUACUCCUCCCCUCUCCAUCUGCACCAGCCCAUAAUGGUGAGCCCUCCUGUUACCACCACCGACGACGACCACCACCAUCAUCAUCGAAGCAGAGAGCACAAGACAGUUCAAUCCAUUAAGUCGUACGACGGGAGAGGCGACGCCCACGACCUACAAAAGCCAAUCAAAACGGAGCCUCAGUCAGAGCUCAUUCAUGAGCAUCACAGCAGCCACGACAUCAAGUCAUCAGUCAUCAGGAUAUCAAACGAAUAUGACAACAACCCGUCAGUCAUCGUUCGCUCGGGUGCUCAGCAUCCUCUUCCAGCGGAAUCUCCAGACACGCUGAAGAAGAGGAGAAUCCACCGCUGCGACUUCACAGGAUGCAAUAAAGUCUACACCAAGAGUUCUCACCUCAAAGCACACCGCAGGACGCACACCGGCGAGAAACCCUACAAGUGCAUGUGGGAAGGCUGCACGUGGAAGUUUGCUCGGUCAGACGAGCUGACGCGACACUUCCGCAAGCACACGGGAGUCAAACCUUUCCAGUGUCCCGACUGCGAGCGCAGCUUUUCCCGCUCCGACCACUUGGCCUUGCACAAGAAGCGUCACCUGCUGGUGUAAAAAAAAAAAAAAAAAGAAACUUGUUUCUGGUGUGAAACAUUGGUCUGUACCACUUGGACUUGGAGGGGGGGUAUAAAUAUUGGACUUAAAUGUGUGACACCUAUUUAGCCUUACUCUCACAAACACCUUAAUCAUUCAUCUUCAUGUUGGGGGAAUGCAAAUAUUUUGUCUUCUCACAGGGGUUGCAUCAUCUCAGCUGGCUUGAGUGUGCUGCCCCCUUGUGGCCAUGGAAAGCACACACACACUCAUGCACCAAAAACCCUGUUCAUUUGAACAUAAAGCUUGCUCAUAGUGCACACUUUAAUGGAGCACAACCCAGGACACUUAUAUUACAUGUAGGUUGGAAAGCAACUUGUUUUGGGAUUUUUUUUGUUUUUUUUUGUUAAAUGUCAACCUUGCUGCACAUGAGGCAUUAUUGUUUGAGUGGGGAUAUGUAGAAGUGUUUCUAUACAGAUAAAAAUAUAGAAAUCAUUACAGGGGCUACCUUGAUAGACGUCACCUUUUUGUUCAUUAAAACAGAUCAAUGAAAUGAACUAUAUUUAAAUAUAAAAGCAAAUACUAUUUUCUAACAUUUCUAUUUUUUCUGAUAACAUGACACCCUCCCAACACUUUUUUACUCAAGAACAUAUUGAAGGCAAGGAACGUGUUCGAGCCUUUACCACUUCAUUCCAAUCAGAGGUGCUAGCAGCUUAGUGUUAUUAAGCUAUCACCUUAGAACAAAGCAGUUUGUGUGUGUGUGUGUGUGUGUGUGUGUGUGUGUUCAUGUCUCCAUGCAGUGUGCACUUUAUUGCUAAAAUAAUAAAUAUUCCUAGUCAAACAUUUAUUCCCUACACAUACUCAUACCAAAUGUAGCAGCUCAACAGAUCUGCAUUUGCUCCUGAGAUUCUUUGCAUGUACAGGUUUUUGUGUGUUUGCAAAUAUAAGUUGUAAUAUAUAUAUAUAUUAUAGUAUAUAUAUUAUAGUAUAUAUAUUAUAGUAUAUAUAUAUAUAUUAUAUACUAUAUAUAUAUUUAUAUAAUAUAUAUAUAUUGUUAGACUGAAAGGGCAAUUAAAGAUUUUUUUUUAUUAAGCAUGAUUUUUGAUACUCAUAAUAAUGACAAAAUAUGACCCACUUGUGUAAUGUUAUCUCCUUUUUUAAUCUAUGUUGAAAAUGCAAAGGGAAUGUGUUAAACUGUGAACAUAUAUAACUGUACAGGUCUGUCUGCAAGUUUUGCAUUUUAAACAAAUAAUAUUCAUACCACUUAAUAAACUUAUUGAUACUAU